UUACCAUUAAUUAUUAUUAUUACUUUUUUUUAUAUUAAAAUGUUAAAUAAACCCUGUGUUAAAUAUUGAAAAUAGUGUUUAGAUAAAUAUAGUGUAUGGAUGCCACUAAACAUAAACAUUUUUUAUAUACCUUUUAAGAUUCCGUUGUUAUAUUCACAUUGGUAAUGUACAAAUCUAUGAUUGAAAAAAAAAGUAUGAUUUCUGUUGGUUCUAAACUAUUCAAAAAGUAUUUGAUAUACAGAAUUUACAUGGCAUACAAAUGAUAAUUCAAAUUGCAUAAAAAAUUUCAAAUGCAUGCUCUAGUACAGCUUAUGCAAGAAAAUAAAUUUCAAAACUUGUCUAAUAACAAUAUAGGUGUUUGUGUUUAUUACCAAACCUGUAACAUUUUUAUCAUUACACAUACAGACAAUUGCAUCAACAUUAAGAUUCAAAUUUUAUUCUAUGAUUAUAUUAGUUUUUCACUCUUAUUCAUAAAUGUGCUUUUUAACUUACUUUUUAUUGUCAUUAUUAGUUCACUUUUUUUUCUGUUUAGAAAAGUUGACUAUAUUCCAAAGGAAUGUGAAAAAGCUGAAGACGUUAGCAAGUGGAGCAGGAUUUGAAAGGAUUCAGGUCCCAUGGAUCCAUUUUCACGCAUUACUGUUUCUAGAGGAUACUGGUGAAGCAGAGCCAAGCGUGUCUAACUUGGAGGAAAGCUAUAAGGAGUCUUCUUUGUUAAGUCAGAACGUGAAAGAUUUAAAUGAAUCUCUAGACUUCCAAUCAUUUGAGGCCUCCAGAGACCUUCGAAUCGCAAACGAAGAGUCCUUUGUUGAAGAUGAACCCCUGACUUGUGACGAACCCCAGAUUCCCGAAGAACAACGAGUAGAAGCCAAUAGUGGCAAGUGUAGUGCUGGUGCUAGGAAAAGUGCCAAAAGAAAACGAACGAAUGAAGACGAACUAUUGUUUGAGGCUGUAAAAGCUCUAAAGAACAUCCCGCCACCGCAGGAAGCAUCCUUUGAGGAUGCUUGUGGACAGUACCUUGCACACAUUUUAAAGUCAAUUCCAGACAAAGAGAAGCGUCUAAGAGAGCAUAAAAAGUUAAUUGAAACAGCAUUCUCAUUUCUUUUAGAAUAA